ACCCUAGUCCUCCAAAGAUCUGAACUUUGAUUUCCGCCAACCUGAAGAGGGUGGAGCUUCCGUCUGCGCCGCCUCUAUCCUUCCACUCCACCCUUACUCCGCCCGUGUGGGCGCUCAGCGUGAAAACACGACCUGACCCUUUGCGUUGCGCGCUCAUAUCCAGCGUUUCCAUUCUGCGUCCGAGGACUUUUACAUCCUAUCUGGUGUGGAGCAACCUACUCGUGUCCGGCCUGCUUUAAAUAUCCAGGUCUAAUAAACAUCAAGCUGUGGGGUUCGGAGGAAACAAAAGCCUCCAUAUCACGAUUUUCUUAGAUUAACUUUGCAACUUACAAGUUUUUAAUGGGAGAAAGUUGAAAUGAGAUAUCAUUGCAAUCCAAUUACAACUAGGGAUGGAAGAGAAAGAACAUGAAGUAGGUCCUCUGGAACAGAAACAUCUUACUGCUUCACACUGGCCUUCCAAUACUGUUGGAAAAUUGGGAUCUGUUUCUCUGGGCGCUGAAGUAGAAAUGCCGAGGAAUAACGAGUUAACUGAGAAUGAAGUAGACAUUAAUCCUUCAUCACAGACAGCAUCCCAGAUCCUCUGGAGAACUGGAACACUUUCUGAGCCAAUUCCAAAUGGUUUCUACUCUGUUGUUCCUGAGAAAAGGCUUAAGGAGCUUUUUGAAGAUAUACCUACAAUUGACGAGCUUCAUGCAUUAGAGCUUGAGGGUUUCAGAGCAGAUACUGUACUUGUAGAUGCUGAAAAAGAUAAGAAGCUUUGUAUGCUAAAGCAACUGGCUGUUGCACUGGUAAAAGGCUUGAACUCCAAUCCUGCAGCAAUGGUAAAGAAGAUUGCUGGACUGGUUUCUGAUGUUCAUAAUCGACCGAAUUUGGAUCUCAGCACUGCUAAAGGUGUACUUGAGGAAACAUCUUGUGUUUCUAGCAACCGUGGUAUUCAGAUGUUAGGACAAAUAAAACACGGGUCAUGCCGCCCACGAGCAAUAUUAUUCAAAGUUCUCGCAGAUACUGUAGGUAUUGAAUGUAGGCUGGUAGCGGGUUUGCCUACAGAAGGUGCUUCUGAGUGCACCGACUCAUAUAAGCAUAUGUCUGCACUAGUUGUUUUGAACUCCAUGGAACUAUUUGUGGAUCUCAUGAGGUUUCCUGGCCAAUUGAUCCCUCAAUCAGCCAGAGCUAUUUUUAUGACCCAUGUUUCUGCUGCUGGGGAGAGUGACUCUGCAGAAAAUGAUUCCUGUGAUUCGCCAUUGGAGCCUAACAGCCCUCUAUUUGGGGUUUCAGACAGAGGAGAUCUUGAUAGUGUUGAAAAAGAUGAUGCUGUCCAGUACCAGCGAAGACUAGAAGCAUCUUCAAAUGCAGCAGGACCUUCAUUGCGGAACAUGAUGCUCCGGUCAUCCACUUCCAUUGACAGAAAUUUGAGUUCAUGUCAUAGUGAUCCAAACAUUGCUGCAACGUUUUGGAGGAGGGGUUGGAGCAAGGUUAUCAGUGAACCGAGGACUGCAAGCUCAAGCCCUGAACAUCCUUCAUUUCGAACACGUGGCCGAUCCAUGCUUAGUGGUGAUCAUAAAAGCUUCAGACAUUUUUCUGACGAUGUUGCUACAUCAAGAUCAGAAGGUGCAUCCACACCAGAAACACGUAGGCUGAGAAGAAGAAGCAUAAGUAUAACUCCUGAAAUUGGUGAUGAUAUCGUAAGGGCUGUCCGAGCAAUGAACGAAACCCUGAAGCAGAGUCGUCUCUUGAGUGAACAAGGAGAAAACAAGUCUUUCAUGUGCACUUCAUAUGAUAGAGAUAGUUCUUCCAAUCUUCAAAAUGAUGCAUCUGGUUUCAACUAUGAUGAUCGUGUUGGUGUGUCUGGUAGGCAGACUAGCUUUUUCACUUCUUCAAUGGACCACUUGAGUUCCCAGAAGGCAAUGUCAUUACCCUCUUCUCCUCAUGAAAUCAGGAAUCAAACUCAAUCACGUAUAGCUUCUUCUGACCAGCACAAGGCGAACGAAGACAUGGUCUCAACUUGGAACAGGGUUCUCGAAUUACCAAUGUUCCAGAAUAAGCCUUUGCUACCUUUCGAAGAAUGGAAUAUAGAUUUCUCAGAGUUAACUGUGGGCAUACGAGUUGGGAUUGGAUUCUUUGGGGAAGUUUUUCGUGGUAUUUGGAAUGGGACAGAAGUAGCAAUCAAGGUGUUUUUGGAGCAGGAUCUUACUGCUGAAAACAUGGAGGAUUUCUGCAAUGAAAUUUCAAUCCUUAGCCGUCUAAGGCACCCAAACGUGAUACUAUUUCUUGGUGCAUGCAUGAUACCUCCACACCUGUCAAUGGUUACUGAAUACAUGGAGAUGGGAUCACUCUAUUAUUUAAUUCAUUCAAGUGGUCAAAAGAAGAAGCUCAGCUGGCGGCGGAGACUUAAGAUACUUAGAGACAUAUGCAGGGGGUUGAUGUGCAUACAUCGGAUGAAGAUAGCUCACCGGGAUCUAAAAAGUGCAAAUUGUCUUGUGAACAAGCAUUGGACAGUAAAAAUAUGUGAUUUUGGGCUGUCAAGAAUGGUGACAGAUGCAUCCAUGCGAGACUCCACAUCUGCAGGAACUCCAGAGUGGAUGGCUCCUGAACUCAUUCGUAAUGAACCUUUCUCAGAGAAAUGCGACAUCUUUAGCCUAGGAGUUAUCAUGUGGGAGCUCUGUACUCUGAAUAGACCUUGGGAAGGUGUACCUCCGGAAAGGGUGGUGUAUGCUGUUGCUAACGAGGGGUCGAGGUUAGAGAUACCAGAAACCGGGAAUCUGGGUAGACUUAUUGCAGAUUGCUGGGCAGAGCCUCAAGAACGGCCCAGUUGUGAGCAAAUUUUGACACGCCUGGUUGAUUGUGAAUACUCACUCUGCUGAUUGCAUUAUGUGCCUUUUGUACAUAGAUACACACAUAAGUAGAGUUUGUGUUACAACAUUUGUGUCGGCUUGAAUUGCAACUUCUUUUCGAGUGGUUUUCAUUUCUACUCUCUAACUAUGUGUGUUGUUACAACAUUUUUGCAGUGAGUAUUUGCCCUCUCUGCUAAAUCAAUAUAUCAAUACAAUUUAUGUGUCAUU